GUGGGAAUUCAAGUGAAUGUACAGCCAUACGAAUUGUGCGCCUCAUUACUGUGCAGAGAUUUCCAUCCCAACCAGAAGAAAUCAUUUUUAUUUUCCGCAUUGUAUGCUGCCUUUAUAUUUGGUGGUCGGCACCUAAUGAAACAACGGGAAAAGUUUGAGCUAAGAAAACCUCUCGUUCUAUGGUCUCUCAGCCUUGCUGUGUUCAGUAUAUUUGGUGCUGUCCGGACUGGUGCUUAUAUGCUAUACAUUUUGAUGACCAAAGGCCUCAAGCAGUCCGUUUGUGACCAGAGCUUUUAUUAUGGACCAGUCAGCAAAUUCUGGGCAUAUGCAUUUGUGCUCAGCAAAGCACCAGAGCUGGGGGACACCAUUUUUAUCAUCCUUCGGAAACAGAAGCUCAUCUUCCUUCACUGGUACCACCAUAUAACAGUGUUGCUCUAUUCAUGGUAUUCAUACAAGGACAUGGUGGCUGGUGGCGGAUGGUUUAUGACCAUGAACUAUGGAGUACACGCAGUUAUGUAUUCUUACUAUGCCUUGCGAGCCGCUGGCUUUAGAGUGUCACGAAAGUUUGCCAUGAUGAUCACUUUAUCCCAAAUCACUCAGAUGCUCAUUGGGUGCGUGGUGAAUUACCUGGUCUUUGCUUGGAUGCAACAAGGACAGUGUCCAUCCCACGUACAUAAUAUUGUGUGGUCCUCCAUCAUGUACCUCAGCUACUUUGUGCUCUUCUGCCGCUUCUUCUUUGAAGCCUAUAUGACCAAAACAAGGAAAGCUGCCAAGGCCGACUAA